AUGUCCCAGUCAAAUACGAGCAGAGACGACCUGGGUAAAUGGAUCGACGAAACCGAGCGCCAUUCCUCCGGCCAGCUUUCGAGAACCUGCGCUUGCAAAGGGACGUCUUUUUGUCGAAUGCACUAUUCAUGCCAAAUCAUAACGGCUAGCACCCUGGAAUUGUACUGCGGCCCAUGCGAGGGUUCGUGUGGCAAGCCAACCGAUGCAUCCGAUUUCGCCCGCGGUGUCGGCUCGUCAUCCAAAGCCUGCACUUGCAAGUCGUCUGAGUCGUCCUCUUCCUGGCGUCUGCAACGUGACCUCCUCCUCUUCCCAGGCGGCCGGCAGGUCAUCCACCAGUCACUGCUCCUGCUAUGGACGGUCUACGUGCCGGGUUGCAAACUCUUGUCACGAGCUCGAAUCCCUGAUUCCAGGGGCACGCUGUUUGCAAUGUUCGCCUGCAACUUGAAACUCGGACGGGAAGUCAAAGCGCAGGAGAUCUUUGGCAAUGCUGUCUAUGAUUUAACGGAUGGUGGAGGUUGUGUCGAGGGGCAGGACUGGGACCGCUAG